UAAAACCCUGUCAGGGGCUAUACUUCUUAAUAUUGACAGACAAUGGGAUUAGGAAGUAGGAGGAGGUCUCCGUUUAUGGAAAAACCAGUGUCCUGAGCCCUCUUGAGCAGGCGAGACCAGCCAGCCCUUGUAGGUAGUGUGAAGAUGAAGCUUUUUUGGGUUUAUGUGUCUCCAGCUACUUUGAAUUGGGUUCAUUAUAAACAGGCCCGACGAAAUAGAGUUGGCGACAGCAUCUGACGGCGUAAACUCUCCCGUCAGUCUUGGGAAAGUCGUGACAAAGUAGCAAGAUGACAGAUGGCUAAACAGGCUCAUACAUGGCAAAUAGCUACAGACGUUGUGAUCAUUUGAGCGGUGCGCAUACCAUAAGAGAUCGAUUGGAAAUAUUGGUUAAAAUAUUUGGUUAAAAUAGCAAUAUUGGUUGGAUUGGCGUCGUUUUUGCAUUUUGUUCUUCUACAGAAUGCCAACAUUAAAUUAAGAUAUUUUAUUUAUAUAUUCAUAUCACGUUAUAAUACAUGACAAAACAAUCUGGGAUUUUAAAGUUAAUCAUUGAGAAUUUGCAUUGAUUUAUCGGUGAUCUGUUGUUCUUGUAUAGUCUAUUUAAACGCAGGUUGUACUUUAAUGUACUAUUAGCAAAUCAACAGCAUGCUUCUGGUACGCAGUUGUGCCGUGGGUGAUCUUUGGCUAGUUCUGCUAUUGAGGUGACUUAAACUCAGUCAUGGAAGAGUGAUGUCAUGGUGGAAAGAAUAGUAGAUAAAAGAAAGAACAAAAAGGGAAAAUGGGAAUAUUUGAUCCGAUGGAAGGGAUAUGGCAGCAAUGAGGACACUUGGGAACCGGAACAUCACCUGCUACAUUGCGAGGAGUUUAUCGACGAGUUUAACGGACUCCACAUUCACAAGGAUAAGCGCUCCAAGGCAGGCAAACAGACCGCCACCCCACGGUUUUUGAGUCGAGGAGCCUCCGGUGAAGCCGUGAGAGCAAGAGGGGAGUCCCGCAAAAAGAAAAGGACUAACGCCACAGGCUCCCAGAAGGCAAAACGAGGGUAUGGGGGCAAACAAGCGGGUGACAGGGCCACCAAAACUGUGACGUACAGGACGACCCCAAGUGGACUACAGAUCAUGCCCAUGAGAAAACCACACAAUGGGCUGCAAAAUGGGGACUCAGAAGCUUUGCUCUACAGAAAUGCAGCCCAACAACAUAAAAUUGGAAAUGACAGAGAAGAUGAAAUUUUAGACGAGCUGGAAGUUACUGAGACGCCUCUCAUGAGUGAUAUAGGGACUACACUUUCUAAUGGUGGAAUUAAUUUGCACAGCUCAAUGAAACGGAAGCUGGUGGAAGAGAAAGGCUAUGUGUUUGACAAGAGGCUCAGAUACAAUGUUCGGCAAAAUGAAAGCAACUGUCGGUUUAGGGACAUUGUGGUUAGGAAAGAAGACGGUUUCACACACAUACUGCUAUCAAGCCAAACAUCUGACAACAAUGCACUAACCCCAGAGAUAAUGAAAGAGGUGAGGAGAGCCCUGGGCAAUGCCUCGGCAGAUGACAGCAAGCUCCUUCUCCUCAGCGCGGUGGGCAGUGUGUUCUGUAGUGGCUUGGAUUACUCUUACCUCAUUGGCAGGCUGUCUAGUGAUAGAAGAAAAGAGAGCACAAGGAUUGCAGAAGCCAUACGGGACUUUGUGAAAGCCUUCAUUCAAUUUAAGAAGCCCAUAGUGGUGGCGAUCAAUGGUCCGGCACUAGGACUGGGAGCGUCUAUCCUGCCUCUGUGUGACAUCGUGUGGGCAAGUGAGAAAGCCUGGUUUCAGACUCCCUACGCUACUAUCAGACUUACACCAGCAGGCUGCUCUUCAUAUACCUUUCCUCAGAUCCUGGGAGUGGCUCUAGCAAAUGAAAUGCUUUUCUGUGGGAGGAAGCUCACGGCGCAGGAAGCCUGCAGCCGCGGACUCGUUUCCCAGGUUUUCUGGCCAACAACCUUUAGCCAGGAAGUGAUGCUCCGAGUGAAAGAGAUGGCCGCCUGCAGUGCCGUGGUUUUGGAAGAAUCCAAAUGUCUGGUAAGAAGCUUUCUGAAGUCUGUUCUGGAGGAGGUCAAUGAGAAAGAGUGUCAGAUGUUGAAGCAGUUAUGGAGCUCCUCCAAAGGACUGGAUUCACUUUUUAGUUACCUGCAGGACAAAAUCUAUGAAGUAUGAGUACCACAGCAAUGUAGGGCAGAGAUGAACUUUGCUGAGUCCUAGCACUUCUCAUUCAGUUAUGAAAACAUUAUUCCGGGCAUUACAGUUGCAAUAUUCCAUUGACAGACCUCAUCAGAUCUUCCACUUUUGAGACUCUUGUACAGAAGGUAUACCUGUGUGGCAGGAGAAGGCUCUGCAGAAACAGUGGUUAAGAGUCUAAGAAGUGAGUAACAAGAAAGCCUCACCGCUGAUAUUUCCAUGGAGCCCUAUGUGGAUUGUAUCAUUUCUGUAUCUUUGAUGGAUUAACACAUGGAUACAGAAUCUGACUCCUGUGUCUUGCCAUUCCAUUCCACAAACCAACAACACAAACCUGGGAAAUUUACAAGCCCUUUGGAGGAACAUGAUUUUUACUUAUUAUGUUAGCGAGACAAAACAGACUGUUGUCCUGCAUACAACAAGAAUCCGUACCUUAUAUAUCUAGGCUUUUUCAAAGUUACAAGACAUUUCUUUAUGGUUCUUUGAUUUGUCUGUUCUAUUUUCUGUCAUAUACAAACUAAUUUUAUAGGUUAUUGGAAACCAAAGCAUUGCUGGACGACAUCUUAAUCUUCUUAUGAAUGCAUUCCUCAUUAUUAUACAGAGCAAAACCAUACUGGAGCUGAAUCCUCUAAUGUUGAUUAAUUUAUUUAAAGAUUAUUUAUGUUUUUUAUAAGUUGGAACAAAGUAGAUCCUGGAGAAAAGAAGUCCACUUCUGCUUGUGAUGCUGCAGUCUUACUGUACAGCUGUUCUGACAGAUGGACAUCAGUCAGCUAUGGGAUUCUCCCUUAAGACAAAAUACAAUUUUUAUGCUGUAGUGUAAAAUCUUUUAAUUCUUUUCUAGUGUAAUUUCUUUCCCACCUGACUUGUUUCUAUAGAAUUGAACUCUUAUCCAAACUGCUGGUAUUAAUAUUUAUUUUUUUAAGGUGGCAAGGGCUCAAAAAUCUUUCUUUUAUUCCUGUUGACUGCCUGCAAGCUGUUCGACUCCAGCUGCCUGACAAUAGAGGUCUUCACUGGACAUGGGAACCCUCCAGUUACGAAAGUGUAAAGCUUUAUCUUUUCAUUAUUGUUGUGAAACAGGGUCAUAGGCUUUUGUGAAGAUCUUUUGGAAUUGAGAACUAAGGCCAUCCUGUCUCAGUCAUUACAGAAACCUGGCCUCAUAAACAUAUGUAAGACCUUAUAUGUACUGUGUGGGGGUGUAAGUAGGUGCUUAAAACUUCAGUAUCAAAUUUAGCAGCCUAAAAGAGCCCAUCUCAAGGUGAUAAAACAAGAUACAGCGUUCACAGGAGCUAUCAAAAUGGAAGACAUUGAAUUAAACACUUUGCUGCUCUUGGAUCAGUAGAUGGUAUGUGACAAAGCAGUCACCCUGUAAUCAGCUUACACACAUCUGAUCCAAAUGACAAGAUGGAAGGCAGAUUCCAGCUUCCACACUUGCAGGUGCCAGCAUUUCACUGCUGAUUACAGUACGACUGUCCCUGGAUUCCCCCUGCCAAACUAGGUGAAGGCUUGUAGUUGAAGUGUUCAAAACCGUGUUGCAUACUGAUGGCCUCAUCCAUGCUUUUCCUCACAGAGAAUAAUGAUACUUCUGUGUGUUUAUUUUGCUGGCAGUUUUAGUUUUCCUCCAUAGUGAUCAGAUUGAGAAAGCAAUUUUCAGUGUCUACUGGGUUAGUAAGACUUCUAAAUACAGAAAGUUUCAUAGGACCCCUUCAUUCAAGAAGGACACCAGGCGGUAAAAAUUCUAUAUUUAAAGCAAGCUUUUCAGUGCUGAUUACGCUGAGAGGUGGAGUAAACUAUGGAACACACAUUUAUUUAAAGUGCUUUGUCAACAAAACAGCUUGAGCCCAUGUCAUCUUAGUGAUGUCUGUAAAAAUUUGGUUAUGGGGCUGGGUAGGGUAAAAUAGGUAGAGUAUUCCAGGUUUUACCUUAAACAUACCUAUGAGAAUAGAAAUGCCACUAGUCACAACAAUAUUGAAGAUCACCGUUUUGUCUGAAAUGUUAUUUGGAUUACAAGUAAUAUAUAUAUAUAUUAGAAGUUAUUUCAAUCCAUCCUUUUUAUCAGCUACUAUGCAACAGGACCAUAAUCACAUUCAGCCUUAAUGUAAAAUAUUUUAACAAAUGACAAUUAAAUGAUUAUACUUUGCAUGGCACGAUGAAAAAAUUACAAGUAAUUUCUGUAAUUUGGCUCUUAUUUGCCAUGAUGUUAGCAGAUUAUUUAUUUAGAAAAUAUUUUUUAAAAUAUGAAUAAUUAAAAGUACCUAGUUAACCCUACCUAGGCACCAUUUAUCACAAGUGCAAAGCAUUUUUUAUGGACAGCUUUAACUUUCGAUCUAAGUGCAGUUGAUUAACUUUGUUUCAAUACACUGUAAUAUUGCAACAUACAAUUCUCCUUAUUCAGUAUUCAAAUUGAAGAAUAAAUGUUAAGAUUUAAUAAGCUGUUACUCUGUAGAGAAAAAAAAACAGUGAUAUUAAUGAACUGACUUGUCUGCUUUUAUUUUGAAACAAUAAGCUGUUUAAAAUCAUAAAAAAAGAAAUGCCUAGUGUUUGUGCAACAUCUUUUUUAAUACCUUAAAAAGCUUUUUAUGGUACCCACCUGUCAAUACGUGUAAUUUAAUAAUAAUUACAAUUGGACAUUAUAUUUUACAACACAAGCUUCAUGAUGUGUUUUGACCUUUAUAAUGGGGAAUGGAACUUCAGCUUUGGAGUUCGGUUUGGCUUACAGUAAACCAACACCGGCCAUUUGUGUGAGAAAUUGUAAAAACAAAAAAGAUGAUCUCUGUAAUAUAAGAUUAAACAGAGCUUCAAUAACUGGCCAUAACUAAACUCCUCUUGAGCCCCCUAAGAGUUAGGUUAACUGUGGACUCGGAAAGGAUUUUGCCCUCAUUUUAUACAUUGUAACAGUGUCCUGAUGGUGGUAAAGAGAUAAAUUAAAGAGUGAUCCACUACUACAUACUGGAUUUGAAAUGCUGUGUAGUGAUGAAGAUGGAUUAUUCUGAGAUUAAAACUGAACUACGGAAUUCAAUGGACUAAAGAAGCAAGAUAUACUGUUCUAUGUGCCCAUGUGAGGAGUUGAAACAAGUUUGCCUUUUUUUUUUGCAAUGUUUGUUGUUAUUUUGGGAUGCUUUUGACAUUAAGAGUUGCACACCUUCAAAAGCUGGAUUGCAUCUGUGGGCCCUGGUUCUUUGUGUCAACAAGAGUUUAGCUUUUCCCUGGACUGCUAGCUCUCAGGCAUUGGGUUUAUGCCAUUGGAGAUUUGCACAGCAGCUCAGCAGGAAAGUUUGGAAGCUACAGUAGGGCACAUAUAAGAGAAACAAUAUAUUAAACAUGAAAAAUGGAUCACUGGAAAAGGCUCCUUUUUAUUUAAUAUUGGGAAAGGAUAUUUGCAUGAUUAGUUUUUUCUUCAUAUUAUGGUAUGUCUGUUCAAAAAUGUAUAUAAUUUAGUUCAGAUUAUCUGUACAUAUGCAGGACUCUGUAACAAGACAUUUCCACUUUUUAUUAAAUUGUUACUUACAUCUGAUAAUCCAUUAACAGACGUUUUAUGUUCAUAGUAUACUUUUUCUUGUUUUUGAAGUUUUAGUUAAUCUUCUGUCACUUUUAAUGUAUAAAUUAGAGCUAAGUUUAAACCAUCUCUGUCUUCUAAGCACAAAUUUAAUUGCCUGGAUUCUGUUUUCAUCUGGGAAAUUAAGAUUUGUUUCAAUAAAGCACAAUGUAGUAUGUCAUCACACACCUUUUACAAAGGUAAAAAGUGCUACCAUUUACAAAACAAUAUAAUUUAUCAUGAUGAAAUUCAUUCAGGAAACGUUUUGGUUUUGUUUCCACUUUUUGGAAACAUUUUAUUUUUGUUUCCACAAAGGUCUCAGGAUUUAAGUUCUAUUUAAACUUUGUUUUCUUGGGUUUACUGUGUAUCAUGGUCAAGAUUCAAAUCCACUGCAGGUUCACGUCCAGUAAGAGUUUUUAGAUUAAUACAAUGUUCAGGCGCAAAGGAACAAAUGAAGGUUUAUUCCUGCUGAAAAGAGAAGAAAGGACACAACAUUUCGGCUGUGGAGCCUUUACUUGUUCCUUUGCAGCCUACGCAUGCUGACACAGCUACAGUACCUACUUGAACACGUUCGGGUGUAGACGUGUAUUUCCAGUCUGAAAGAACAUCACUUUAUCUAAACACGGUCAGCCUAAGGAUGAGCAAAACCUAACUUUGAAAGCUCCAGACAAGGUGAGCCGAGAUUAAGAUUAAUCUUGUCUUGCUAAUAAAUGUUCAGUAAAAUAUUUUCUGGCUUCAUUCUUUAACAGAGAAAGGCAGUGUGUUUAGCAUCUUGUCCUUCUAGCACUCCUGUCCAGUGCUUUGUUAAAUAAAUAGCCAAACAAACACUGAAUUAAAUUAACAAUAGCUUCUUGGGCGUAGUCUGGAAAGGCAUAUAGAAUUACCCACUUUAAAUUAAUCUGUUUCAUGUGUUAAAUCCAUGUAAUUGUUCAUAGAUAUUUUUCAAUCAAUUAUGUUUUUUUGCCAGCCAAUUCUUGUUUGGCAAGACACAUGCUUUCUAAUGUUCUCACAAUUCUUCUUUGGAUUCCUUGGACAUAAUGUGCAAAUUCAAAUAGUUAACAGUGAAAUGAAAUUAGAAAUGAUGGGUUUCUCGUCCUUAGUUUAAACCUAGCUCAGAAAUUCAAGUUGCAUGGUGUCAGAUAGGUGGUGUCAACCCACCUCCUGUAGUUGAACUGAACCAAUUAAAUACAGUAACAUAUUAUAUUUAUCCCCAAAUUUCAAACCUCAAUCAAGAAUCCAAAACUGUUUGAUAACAGAAACCUUAGACUCGAAAUAGGAUUAGCAGUUCUAUUAAUAGAAAAAGAAGGUUUGUGCCUUCAAAGCAAAUAUUUUAAAUCCCCUGCUAAUUUAUUGUCAGGAGAUGUUUACAUACUUCUGAAGCUAUCUUGGCAGGUUAGCUGUUACUAUUUAGACAACUUGCAUAUCUGAUACUUUUGUGGUACAUGGAAAUAUUAAAUAUAUAAAAUACAAAGAAAUAUUACUAAUUGUAUGAAGUUUCUAAAUAUAUAUGAAGAGGUGAAUCGUUUAUUUUAAUAAUACUUUAUUACAGUAAGUUCUGAGACAUUGAGGUGUAUUUUUGUAAAUGUUUCUCCCCCCAAAGUGAUUUUUUUUCACUGCACAUUUUUGUCAGUUACAAGGCUGUAUUCAUUGUUGAAUUUAUUCUGCAGCCAAAGUAAAGAUACUCUUGAAUUGCAUGUGUUGAUGGAUUCCAAUGACAACUGUACAAAUUAGUAAGGGUACCUGCAUUGGUUUAUACAGUAUUUAAUAAUAUAGUAAGUUGAUGGUAAAGCAUUUUUUUAAUUUGUGUAAAUGGUUUUGUAUAAUCAACUUAACAUACCAACUCCGCAGUUGUAUAUAUAUAUAAAGUAGGAUGUUUCUUCUGUGCAGUUAUGCAUGUAAAUAUUUUUGUUGUAGAUAAAUGUGUUGCCUGUUAAUACAUUAUAUUUUCAGGAUAUGAAUUUUUGUAUUUGCCAUAGUAUGUAACGUUAGGAUCCUUGCACAAUUUAUUUUUUUAUUUAAUUCAAAAUUAAUUUUCAAUUAGUGUAUAAACAAGUGUCUGUGCCAAUAUUUCCAUUUUUUUUUAAAGUUGCUUUUUGCAUUGGCAAAAGAUUGACACGUCUCCUUAAGUAAACUGACACACUUUUUUGAACUGUGAUGCUGACUUUUUUGUAAUAAGCCUCCUUGUUUCUUCAGCUUAUGUUGUAGAUUUAAUGUAAUACAUUUAUUCUGACAAUGAAUACAAACGUUUCAGUCAUAUGUUAGUACUGUAUAAUGUUUUCCUAACAAUGUACAAGGUUCAGAAAAUCUAGACCAACUCAAACCAUUUCAAAUUUUCAAGCAAACUACAAAGUGAACUAAAAGAUGAACAAAUUAAUUUAGUAGCAUAGUUUCCAUUACUGAAGUAAAAGAAUGAUUUUUGAAUCUGGCAAACUGUCCUGUAGUAUUGAAUUACUGUGAAUUACAAAAUAACUGGUACAAUUACUAAAAAAGUGAUCUGGUUUGUAUUGAUAGGUGUAUAUUCUGUUGACUAAUGUGCCCACUGACAAAGUUGUAGGAUUGAACAUUAACAUUUUGUUUUACUAGAGGGAAAAAAAUACAUACAAAAAUACAAAUACCUUUACUGUUAAAAGGGUUUUGUUUAUUUAGUAUUAAUAUAUUUAGCUUACAUAAAACAUGUUAUUCUUGCAUCACAUCUCAAGAGGUCAAGAGGUUGGCCUGGUCUUAGAGCUCAAGAUUAAAAACAUUAGACACUUUUCACAUCAUUUGUAGGGGGUGCAAAAAGACAGUUUAUGAGCUCUUUGAAGAAAAAAACAAGGUGUUUGCAGCCUGCUACUCUUUUGCCUUAUAAAAGUGCAAUUUUCUUUAUUCCUCAUGAGAAGCUAGUGAAGAGUUGAGGUUGUCUGCCCUUACUGCAAAGACGUACAGUGACAGAAGGCCACUUUCAUUGGCAGUGUUCCUCUGUUUUCAAGGGAGCUAUCCAAAGUUUUCAAUAAUGGAUUCUGUAUUUUUGUAAUCAUUUAAGCGUGAAUAAUUUUGGAGAAAAAAAAGAGGCUAAUUACAAAAAACAUUAAAAAUGAUGAAGCAAAGUACCAAAAAGAGAGACACUUUGAUACCGUUAACGCAAGUAUAAAACUGUACCAUGUUUAUUGGCUGAAUUCCUCACAUCCCGAGACAGGUGAAAAUUUUCAGGAGAGGUUGCUUUGUCGAUGAAGGUAAUGAAUUAACUCAUCAGAAAUCGCAAUUGCAAUGUUGUACAGAAUAAAAACGGAGUUAUAUCUGACAUAAAGUACCUCUGUAGAAGGUUUUAUUUAAUAUCCUAAGGGUAGAGGCACCCUGUAUCACAGUGUUGUAUAUAUUUUUGUGAUAUUUAAACCAACCCUUCUUUCCUCUGUGAUGAACACUGUCUCAAUCCAAGUGUGUACAGUACAUUAGUUGAUGCUCCUGUAAUAGUCUAUGAACACAUUUCUGGGUGCCUUAGAAGUUGUAUUUUUCAUGUGUGUUAAAAAGAUGCAGUAUUUAUACAUUGUGAAGAAAGCUGCUUUGAAUAAAACUAUGGAAUUAAUUAAAAA